UACAGGUCGGUCUCAGCGGACCAACGGACAGACAGGCGGACGGACGCACGAACGAAAGGACGACCCGCUGGGAAGCCCGGGCAGCAGUGGGGGCGGGGAGGCCACGGCUGCGGCUUGAGGAGCAGGAGCAGGUGCUGCGGCGACGAGCGGGCGGGGCAGGACGGAGCGGAGCGCCGGGCGGGGGCGCGGCGCCGGCUUGCGUGGGCCGGCGAGGAGCCGAGAGGCCGUGACCGCAUCAUCCCUGAGGAGUAUGUGCUGACGCGGCUAGCAGAGGACCCCGCGGAGCCCCGGUACCGAGCCCGAGAGCGGAGGGCCCGCUUCGUGUCUAAGAACGGCAAUUGCAACGUAGCCCACAAGAACAUCCGAGAGCAGGGCCGAUUCCUGCAGGACGUAUUCACCACGCUGGUGGACCUCAAGUGGCCACACACGCUGCUUAUCUUUACCAUGUCCUUCCUGUGCAGCUGGCUGCUCUUUGCCAUGGUCUGGUGGCUCAUUGCCUUCGCUCACGGUGACCUGGCCCCUGACGAGGGCACCGUUGUGCCCUGUGUCACCAGCAUCCACUCUUUUUCCUCUGCUUUCCUUUUCUCCAUUGAGGUCCAGGUGACCAUUGGUUUUGGCGGGCGCAUGGUGACCGAGGAGUGCCCGCUAGCCAUCUUGAUCCUCAUUGUGCAGAACAUCGUGGGGCUCAUGAUCAAUGCCAUCAUGCUGGGCUGCAUCUUCAUGAAGACGGCCCAGGCCCAUCGGCGGGCCGAGACCCUCAUCUUCAGCAAGCACGCUGUCAUCGCAGUGCGCCACGGCCGCCUCUGCUUCAUGCUGCGCGUGGGUGACCUCCGCAAGAGCAUGAUCAUCAGUGCCACCAUCCACAUGCAGGUGGUGCGCAAGACCACCAGCCCCGAGGGCGAAGUGGUGCCCCUCCACCAGGUGGACAUCCCCAUGGAGAACGGUGUGGGGGGCAACAGCAUCUUCCUCGUGGCUCCUCUCAUCAUCUACCACGUCAUUGACGCCAACAGCCCACUCUACGACCUGGCGCCCACUGACCUGCACCACCACCAAGACCUCGAGAUCAUUGUUAUUUUGGAAGGUGUGGUGGAGACCACAGGCAUCACCACCCAGGCCCGCACCUCCUACUUGGCCGACGAGAUCCUCUGGGGCCAGCGCUUUGUACCCAUCGUGGCCGAGGAGGAUGGCCGCUACUCCGUGGACUAUUCCAAAUUUGGCAACACCAUCAAAGUGCCCACGCCGCUCUGCACGGCCCGCCAGCUUGAUGAGGACCGCAGUCUGCUGGACGCCCUGACCCUCGCCUCCUCCCGUGGCCCCCUGCGCAAGCGCAGCGUGGCUGUGGCCAAGACCAAACCCAAGUUCAGCAUCUCUCCGGAUUCCCUGUCCUGAGCCCUGGUCGCUCAGGCCCCCACACUGCUUGUGUGCACAGAGGCCGUGUGUAUGGUAUGUAGGGUGGGCGUGGUGUGGGCCCCUUGCCAGGCCAGGUCCUGGUGUGAGGCUGGGCCCUCUUCAGCUCAGCCUCCCCCCUGCCGUUAGCCCAUGGUGUUACAAGGCACUUGUCACUACUCUAUUUCUGGCCUCAGAGGAAGCCUGUGCUGGGUUAUUUUUGUCUCUGCUCCUCCCCAGCUCGGGACUGGCUCACCCCCCCACCACCCCUGUCCCAAGACUGGGGAAGCUGUGGGAAGUGUUGGACCCUAAAGUUGGGUCUCCCGCCAGUUCUGCCUCCCCAUGAUCAACUGACUGCAGGCCUGGGCAGGGGAGGAACAGUCCCUGGAUUGGCAACCUACUGCUCUGUUUUGGUGACCCCAAGAGACGACCAGCCACUCUUGGUCCCUGAAGAAGAGAUGGCCUAAUGGGUGGGCCCUGCCAGCUGGGGAGAGCAAUCAAUGAAGGAGUGUAUUCCAGCUGGAGAAUUAGAGGUGUGGAACCGACACAGACAGGGAAGGCUGAGACUGAUCAGACUCCCCUCCCUGAGGCCGACCCAGAUCAGGAGGAAGUGGUGUGAGGACACGCAGCUCUGCUGAACCUUGGUCAGGCACAGGAAAGAGGAGAUGGGCCCCUGUGCCCCUGCCCUGUGCCCUGACAGCAAGGCUUCUCUGGGGAGGGGCUGCUGAGCCUGCCUGCUCCCAUUCUGUCUCUGCCCCCAUUCUGUCUCUCCUGGCUGAGGAGAGAGGUCGAGGGCCCACAUACAGAUUGAACUCUGGCUCCCCACCAGUGACUGUCACUCACUAUCUGUCCAGAGGGGGCUGUGAAGGGUCUUUGGGUCACUAGAAAAGGAGAUGUUGGAAAGCUCGGGCUGCCGGGGGUGAGUGAGGCCUCUGAUGCAAAGAGGCCUUUGGUCCUUAUGGGCUUGACCCCAGACAGGGCUCCUGGAGCAGAGCUACAUAUACCUGCUGGGGAUUCUGCCUUCUGUGCUGUCAAUAAAACCUCCCUAAACGCUGGGCAGUUCUUGCUGGGGAGGGAGGGGGCACACUGGUGGACAGGGAAGGCAAGGGCUGACAGCUGCUCGCCCACUUUCCAGAAGUGCCACAGAUCCUAGCCAGGCGGCCAGAAAAAAGACCUGAGGUUGACCCUUAGCACCCAGUUCAGAGAGACUUGAGCUUUCUGCCUCAGCCCGCCCAGCCCUGCCAGCCUGUCUGGCCAUCUCAGUUCUGGAGCACCUACCAGGCUUAGAGCCCUCAGCUUGACCUCCACUCCUGGGAUUUGCUGGAAGGUGGGGUGCUCAGGGAAGAGGUGGGCCCAUCAUAUGCAUUACUGUACAGGGAUAUUGCAGGUUUGGUUCCAGACCACCACAACAGAACAGAUACCGCGAUAAAGAGAGUCAAAUCAAUGUUUUGGGGUUUCUCGCCGCAUAUAAAAGUUAUGUUUACACUAUACUGUAGUCUGUUAAGUGUGCAAUGGCAUUAUGUCUAAAAAAACAAUGUAUGUACCUUAAUUAAAAAACACUUUAUUGCUAAUAAGUGUUACCGAUAGUC